AUGACUGGGAGAGCCAGAGCAAGAGCCAGAGGAAGGGCUCGUGGUCAGGAGAUGGUGCAGCAUGUGGGCGCCUCUGCGAGUCAGCAGCCUGGUUACAUUCAGCCUCGACCUCAGCAGCCACCAGCAGAGGGGGAAUUAGUUGGCCGUGGACGACAGAGAGGAACAGUAGGAGCAACAGUGAAGUCACAAGAACUCCAGAUAUCUGCUGGAUUCCAGGAGUUAUCAUUAGCAGAGAGAGGAGGUCGUCGUAGAGACUUUCAUGAUCUUGGUGUGAAUACAAGACAGAACCUAGAUCAUGUGAAAGAAUCAAAAACAGGUUCUUCAGGUAUUAUCGUAAGGCUAAGCACUAACCAUUUCCGAUUGACAUCCCGUCCCCAGUGGGCCUUAUAUCAGUAUCACAUUGACUAUAAUCCAUUGAUGGAAGCCAGAAGACUCCGCUCAGCUCUUCUUUUUCAACAUGAGGAUUUAAUUGGAAGGUGUCAUGCUUUUGAUGGAACGAUAUUAUUUUUACCUAAAAGACUACAGCACAAGGUUACUGAAGUUUUUAGUCAGACUAGAAAUGGAGAGCAUGUGAGGAUAACAAUCACCCUGACAAAUGAACUCCCACCUACGUCACCAACUUGUUUGCAGUUCUAUAAUAUUAUUUUCAGGAGGCUUUUGAAGAUCAUGAAUUUGCAACAAAUUGGACGGAAUUACUAUAACCCAAGUGACCCAAUUGAUAUUCCAAAUCAUAGAUUGGUGAUUUGGCCUGGCUUCACUACUUCUAUUCUUCAGUAUGAAAAUAACAUCAUGCUCUGCACUGAUGUCAGUCAUAAAGUUCUUCGAAGUGAAACUGUUUUAGAUUUCAUGUUCAACUUGUUUCAUCAAACCGAAGAACACAAAUUUCAAGAACAAGUGUCUAAGGAACUGAUUGGUUUAAUUGUUCUCACCAAGUAUAACAACAAAACAUACAGAGUAGAUGAUAUUGACUGGGACCAGAAUCCAAAGAGUACCUUUAAAAAAGCAGAUGGCUCUGAAGUCAGUUUCUUAGAGUACUAUAGGAAGCAAUAUAACCAGGAAAUCACUGACUUGAAACAGCCAGUUUUGGUCAGUCAACCUAAGAGAAGGAGAGGCCCUGGCGGCACAUUACCAGGCCCAGCCAUGCUUAUCCCUGAGCUCUGCUACCUCACAGGUUUAACUGAUAAAAUGCGUAAUGAUUUUAAUGUGAUGAAAGACUUGGCUGUUCAUACAAGACUAACUCCAGAGCAAAGGCAGCGUGAAGUAGGAAGACUGAUUGAUUAUAUUCAUAAAGAUGAUAAUGUGCAGAGGGAGCUUCGAGACUGGGGUUUGAGCUUUGACUCCAACUUACUGUCCUUCUCAGGAAGAAUUUUGCAAGCAGAAAAGAUUCAUCAAGGUGGAAAAACAUUUGAUUACAAUCCACAAUUUGCAGAUUGGUCAAAAGAAACAAGAGGUGCACCAUUAAUUAGUGUUAAGCCACUAGAUAACUGGUUGUUGAUCUAUACUCGAAGAAAUUAUGAAGCAGCCAAUUCGUUGAUACAAAAUCUAUUUAAAGUUACACCAGCCAUGGGCAUACAAAUGAAAAAAGCAAUAAUGAUUGAAGUGGAUGAUAGAACUGAAGCCUAUUUAAGAGUCUUACAGCAAAAGGUUACGUCAGAUACCCAGAUAGUUGUUUGUCUGUUAUCAAGUAAUCGGAAAGACAAAUAUGAUGCUAUUAAAAAAUACUUAUGUACAGAUUGCCCUACUCCAAGUCAGUGUGUGGUGGCCCGAACCUUAGGCAAGCAACAGACUGUCAUGGCCAUUGCUACAAAGAUUGCGCUGCAGAUGAACUGCAAGAUGGGAGGAGAGCUCUGGAGGGUUGAUAUGCCUCUGAAGCUAGCGAUGAUAGUUGGCAUUGAUUGUUACCAUGAUACCACAGCUGGACGGAGGUCAAUUGCAGGAUUUGUGGCAAGCAUCAAUGAAGGGAUGACUCGCUGGUUCUCUCGCUGUGUGUUUCAAGACAGAGGACAAGAGCUAGUAGACGGGCUGAAGGUGUGCUUGCAAGCUGCUCUAAGGGCUUGGAAUAGCUGCAAUGAAUACAUGCCUAGUCGAAUUAUUGUGUAUCGGGAUGGCGUAGGAGACGGUCAGCUUAAAACAUUGGUGAACUAUGAAGUACCACAGUUUUUGGAUUGCCUGAAAUCUGUUGGUAGAGGUUACAACCCAAGACUAACGGUCAUUGUGGUGAAGAAACGUGUCAACGCCAGAUUUUUUGCUCAGUCUGGAGGAAGACUUCAGAAUCCACUCCCUGGAACAGUUAUUGAUGUAGAGGUUACAAGACCAGAAUGGUAUGAUUUUUUUAUCGUGAGCCAGGCAGUGAGAAGUGGUAGUGUUUCUCCCACACAUUAUAAUGUCAUCUAUGACAGUAGUGGCCUGAAGCCAGACCACAUACAGAGGUUAACUUACAAGCUAUGUCACGUCUAUUACAACUGGCCAGGUGUCAUUCGUGUUCCUGCUCCCUGCCAGUAUGCCCACAAACUGGCUUUCCUUGUUGGCCAGAGUAUUCAUAGAGAACCAAAUCUGUCACUGUCAAAUCGUCUUUACUACCUCUAA